AUUUUCGCCGCGAGUACACGAAUGUUUCAAAAUUGUUUCGAAGUGAUAGUUACUAAAUGCGCUCACCUUUAUGAAAGUACAUUUCGCCUUAUUUUUGAGUAAAAACCUAGCUGUAUUUACAUUACAAUGGAAUCGAGCAAUGUUCCAGUAACUUGGGGAAAUGAAGUUUCCGCCGAAAAUGGAGAAGAAAUUGAAACGUGUAUCGUUAUGUUUCAGGAAGAUAUUGAUAUGUUACCUGAAGAUACAGCAUUUGAGGUCAUGGUCCAAGCAGUUGAUUCUGUUGAAUAUCUUGACGAUGGAACUCGUCAGAAUGUUAAAAGCACGGAAAAUGGUGAUUCCCCUGAAACAAUUCCAAAUGAACUAAAUGAUAGCUCAAAAUCCGUAAUUAAAGAGAUUGUCGAAGCUGUAGUUGCUAUUCAACGUUCUGAAAGAGAAAAAAAUCAAAAUUUGAACGACGUUGAGAGUAUGGAUGACUCCGAAAACGUGUCUAAUGAGUCUAAUUAUGGGGAAAGCACGAGUACCGUAGUGGAUAAUGAUAAUGAAAAUUCCAACAAUAGUAGAGAAACAACUGCACAAUUCAACCUGGAAACUUUAGAAAGAUACCCUCUAUCGGAUAAAACUAUGUGUAUUUAUUGUGGGAAAAAAAUGUCAAAUUCUGGAAAUAUGCAUAGACACAUGCGAGUUGUUCAUCACGUUGAGUUAAAUAAAAAUAGUUCUAAUAUCAGAUGCAUGCAAUGUGAUAGUGGUUUUAUGCAUGUCGCUGAAUUGCGGGCGCAUCUACAAGAGAAGCAUGAGUAUAAUAUGGCUGUUGAAGAACUGACAUUUCCUAAUUUUAAUGCUUUUUCAAAGUGGAAAUGUCAGAUGGAGAGAGAUACUUUGACUAAUUUUACUAGAAGACAUGGUUCAAGAAAGACCCAGGAUGGUUUGACACACUUUUAUACCUGCCAUCGUUCUGGAAAGUUUGUUCCAAAACCAAAAGAAAGAAAGCGUUUGGCAAGAUUUUCUGGCUCGUGUAAAACUGGUUUUGCAUGUACUGCUACUAUGAAAUGUGUGGAUGGUCCUACUGGAGUGAAAGUCACAUUUUGCCCUCAUCAUUAUGGCCAUGGAAAUAUUCCUGUUGUUAUUGUAACAGAAGAGGAUCAGAAGAUAAUAGAUGAGACUUCAUCAAGAGGAUUUACGCUUGACAAUAUAAAACAAGACAUACAAAAGCAACCGGUAGAUCACUUUCAACUUGAUUUAGUGCGGAAAAAAGACAUGCGAUGUAUUACUCGUGCAUAUAGAAGUGAGGAGUUCAAAGACUUUGAUGAUAAGGGAUCAGACAACAUUGAGCGUUGGGUGAAUUAUUGUGCAAGCAUGGAACAACCACCAGUCUUGUUGUAUCAGAAGGAUGAAUAUGCAGCUGAUGAGGAGAACAAGAAUGAAUUAAUACUAAUCAUAAUGUCCGAAUUUCAGAAAUAUUUUCUUUGCAAUUCCUCUAAUCAAGUUGUGUGCCUUGAUACUCAUUCUCGUCUAAAAGGAGGCCGCUAUUACGUGCUAGCAUUGCUUAUUAUCGAUGAAACAGAGUUUGCAAUUCCUGUUGCUUUUUGUAUCAGUACAAAAACUCCAAAACAUGUGGUUCCAACGUUUUUCGGAACCCUAAAGGAUCAUGUCGGACCUGUGUCUGCCCAGUAUUUUAUUUCUGAUAACGAGCGGUUUUAUCAUGAAACUUGGAAUACAAUAAUGGAUUCCGACUCGAAGUGGUUGUGGAACUCAUGGCAUGUUCAAAACAGAUUGCGCUGUCAUCUGAAAGUACUUAGAGAAAAUCCUACCAGGAAAGCCCGUGCGCAUAGAACUAUAAAAACGCUUGUAGAAUGUCAGAAUGAAAUCAUGUUUUCGUGUUUGUAUGAGGAUUUUAUGGAUAAUCUCAGAAAAGGUCUGGAAUCGAAAUCUUCUGUGGAUGUAAUCCAACAGAGAUUUGGUAAUCAUGCCGAGAUGUGGGCUUAUUGCUAUCGUAAAGAUAUUGGUUAUGUUGCUGCGACGAAUUUAGCGAUGAUGCAUGAAACAAUAAGAUUUUGUGUUGAACGAGGUAGACAGAAGCCAAUGGAAAAGUUUAUUUUUGUUUUGAUGAAACUGGUUAGAGAGAAAAUCCUGUUUCGAUUGUCAAAAAUGGUAGACGAAGAUAGUUUUGAAAACAUCCAGUUAGGUAUAAAUGAAUAUCAUAAAAAAGGGCUGGAAAUCCCCCCAGAAUAUGUUACGUUAUUGACAAAGAACCAUUGGCUGGUACUGACUGACACAGAAGAUGAAUAUUUUUAUGUUACAUUGGACUACGAGUUCUGUCCGGAGGAAUGUCGUUUGAAGUGUGUUGAUUGUGACAUCUGUGUCCAUACUUACAGCUGCACUUGUAAUGCGAACCUAUUUGGUGCAGAUUUGUGUGAACAUAUUCACGCUGUGGUUUGGAAUUUUGUAACAGAUCAUCUUCCUCAACAGGACGAGAUUGAGGAUGACAAUGACGUCUGUGCAGAUACGUUUAACGAAAAUGAGCCAUUUGAUUCUGGGGAACUUCUUGAAUGUGUGCUUCAAAAAACACACGAGUUGUAUAAAAAGGUUCGAAUGAAUAAGUUUGAUGUGAAUACAAAAUCUUUACUCGAUAUCAAAAGGAGACUUUGCGACUGUAUUGACAUUUGUGAUGGAAAAGAAAUAGAAGUUCCAAUGACAGCCGAUGCUCAACCUUCACCGGCUAGUUCAGAUCCGAAUGCUUCACUAUUUGGAGUCGCAACAGCAUCAAGUGAUACUGCUUCACAACCAGUGGCAGUUGCUCAACCAAUGAUAAUACUCAAUCCAUAUAUAAGUUAUAAUGGCUUGAACCCUAUUGCUUACAACGGGCAAAUCUCUUCUGCGAGAAAAAUGCAGGUUAUUGCACCAGCACCUCAAGGUGAAAACAAAAAAUCAUAAUUUGUCAGAAAAUCUAAGUGCUCUGUAUUAUAAAUGUUUUGUUACAGUAAUGACCUUUGAAAAACUCUUUUAAAUGUUUUUCCAAAUUUGUUUUUUCAAGAGAUGUAUGUAUUUUGUGAAUUAAAU